UGAUUUUUCUCUAUCUAUUCUGCCCAGGACAUUUAGUCGCAUGUGCCACCCACACAAACCGGGUCCUUGUUUUUUAUUUGAUUUUCUUUUUUCCUGGUCAAUUCCGAUUGUGAUAAAAAAAUAGAUGCAAUCGGGAUCCUCUUUUCCUUCCAUUUUUCCUUCCACUUUUUUAUUUUACUUUAUCCACACCUGUACUGUUUAUUUAUUUUUCAUUAUCAAGAAUUAACACAAAAUAUGACGACAGCAAGCAAAAGCAACAGCAGCAGUAGCAAUAAUGAUGGUUCUGGUUUGGUUCUGCCGAUAAUUAGCAGCAGUACUGGCGUGGUUACUCCGACAGCACAAAAAUUCGGCAGCAGUAUUUUGUUUACGUGGUUUGCUGGAAGCCUUGCGUCGUGCGGCGCGGUUACAUUUACAAAUCCAUUCGAGGUGGUCAAGACACGGCUACAGCUCCAGGGCGAGCUGGCACAUAGCACGCCAAACAUGGUCAAGCCAUACCGCAACAUCGCGCAAGCCUUUUGGGUAAUCGGUAAAAACGAAGGCCUACGCGGGCUACAAAAGGGCCUAGGGCCCGGAUACAUGUACCAGGUAAUGCUCAACGGCACACGCCUAGGGUUCUACGAGCCAGUCAAAAAUGCCCUAUACAAGCUGUUCACAGGAAACCCCAGCAACAGCCAGUCGGCCAUUAUCCCGCUCAAUGUGGCCGCCGGUGGACUCUGCGGCAUAACGGGCGCAGCCCUGGGGUCACCCUUUUUCUUGGUUAAAACGCGCAUGCAGUCGGCUUCAGACUUUGCCGCGGUCGGGUUCCAGCACAACUACAAGAGCUCGAUCGAUGGGCUGCGCAAGAUCUGGCGCGAAGGCGGUUUGCGCGGGCUGUAUCGCGGUAUGGACGCCUCCAUGAUGCGUGCCGGCGCCGGAUCCUCCGUCCAACUGGCCACGUACGACCAAUGCAAGGACUAUAUCGCAGAUAAGCUGGCACACCGCGGCCUCAACCAUGACAGCAUGAUGACGCAUUUCCUAGCAAGUAUGGUCACGGGAUUCUUCGUCUGCACUGUUAUGAAUCCCUUCGAUGUCGUCAGCACAAGAAUGUAUAACCAGAAGGCGGCUGUCGGCGGGCACGGCGGUGCACUGUACAAGAAUCCAAUGCAGUGUUUCUACAAGACUGUUAAGGCCGAGGGGUUCUUUUCGUUGUACAAGGGGUUUUUGGCGCAUUACCUGAGGCUGGGCCCACAUACUAUUCUGAUGUUUGUGUUUGUCGAGCAGAUCAAGACUUUUGGAAAGAAACAUUUUUGAAUGUUUUGAAUAGAAAUACCUUAGAGAAAUAAUUUUGGAUACACGGUGUCGUGCUCGUGCUUCAUGUCCACGUUUAUAUACGUGAGGGGGAGGGGAAGAGAGAUGCGUGACCUGUUGAGACUGCUGUUUUGGUUAUUAGCGAGCAUGACACUCGCACAUCCAACACCUUUCUUUUUUCUCUCUCUUAUUUUUUUGUUCACGAGUCGAGAGAAUAACUUCAACAUUCCGACGACCGCAGUCUUGCUUGUUCGGAGAGAAAAAGCAUGCAUACAUUAAUUGGCUCUUUGCCCACGUGGCUUUGCAUUAACCCUGUGAGCUUGUGAAAAAUAAAAAAUAAAAAUUGGAAGCGUGUGCCAAAAAAAGCAAAUUUCCACAGUGAUUCUUCAAAUAAAAUUACACAGCCUGUUUCGUCUUUUAUUAUUUUUAUAUAUGAAUGGUUC